AUGUGUGUGUACCCGUUGCUCUCACAGGUGUGUGGGGGUCGGGUGUUCCCUUGCACAAGGGUGGGUGUGCACGCAUGUGCACAGCUACCUGUGUGCACACACACGUGUGUGUGUGUGCAGUGCCCAACACACCAGUGUCCCACACACCUGUGCUCCAUGCACACGUGUGUGCACCUCCCACAGGGAGCCACUGGGUACCAUAAGGUGCCAUGGGGUGACAUAAGAAACCAUAGGGUGCCACAGACUGACAUGGAGUGCCAUGGCCAUGGGGUCACAUAAGGAACUGUAGGGCAUCAUGGGGUGCCACAGGGUACCACGGAGUGCCAUGGGGCAUCCGGGGGUGCCAUUGUGUCCCAUGGGGAGCCAUAGGGAGCCAUAGGAUGCCAUGGCCAAGGGAGCUGUGGCCAUAGGGUACCAGAGGGUCCCACAGGGAGCUGUGGCCAUAGGGUGCCAUAGGUUGCCGUGGCUAUAAGGUGCCAUUUCCAUAGGGGGUGUGUCCAUGAGCUCCGGAUUCUUUAAGCAGGGGUGUCUGUAAGCCUGUCCAUAAUCCCCUUUGUCCAUAAGCUGCUGUGUCUAUAAGUGUCAGGGCUGAACGUGCGGGGCUGUAGUGUGUCCUUGCCGUGUCAGUACCUGUCCAUCCCGCCUGUGGUGACAGCCAUGUGGCCCACGCUGCUGCUGCUGGUGGCCCUGGGUGUGCUGGCCCUGGGGCGGGUGGCCCACAAGCUGCUGGCCCCGUCCGGCAACCCCUUUGCCGGGCCACCCCUGGAACCCCCCCGGCCGCUGGUGACGGACCAACGCACCCGGGACAGGGUGCUGAAGCGAGGGUUCAGCCCCCAGCGGGUGCCGGAGCAGCUGGACGCCGUGGUCAUCGGCAGUGGCGUGGGGGGGCUGGCAGUGGCCGCCACCCUGGCCAAGGCGGGCCAGCGGGUGCUGGUGCUGGAGCAGCAUGACAAGGCCGGCGGGUGCUGCCACACCUUCCAGCAGCACGGCAUCGAGUUUGACGUCGGCAUCCACUACGUGGGGCAGCUGCACGAGGGCAGCCUCCUGCGUGUGGCACUGGACCAGCUGACGGAUGGGCAGCUCUGCUGGCAGCGCCUGCCCGACCCCUACGAUGAGGUGACCCUGGGACCCCGGCGCUACCAACUGCGCGCCGGCAAGGUGGCCUUUGUCACCGCGCUGGAGGAGCAGUUCCCCGCGGAGAAGGCGGCCAUCAGGGAGUUCAUGAAGAUCUCCAAGGUGGCCUCGCGGCACGUGGCACUGCUGGCCGUGUUGAAGCUGGUCCCGCGCUGGGUGGCCACCCUCCUGCUCCGCUCUGGCCUCCUGUCCCUCCUGUCCCCCGUGUUCCGCCUGGCCACCACCAGCCACAGCCAGGCUGUGGCCCAGCUCACCUCUGACCCCGACCUGCGCGCCCUGCUCGGCUACCUCUUCUAUGGAACUGCCCCACGGGACUCCAGCUUCCUGGUCAACGUGCUGAUGGUUCACCACUACCAGCGGGGGGCCUGGUACCCGCGGGGGGGGGCCAGCGAGAUCGCCUUCCACGCCGUACCCGUCAUCGAGCGCGCGGGGGGGGCCGUGCUGGUGCGCGCCCCCGUCACGCGUGUCCUCGUCAGCCCCGCCGGCGCCGCCCUGGGGGUGGCGGUGCAGGUGGGGUCCAGUGAGGAGGAGCUGGAGAUACGCGUGCCCCUUGUCAUCUCCGAUGCUGGAAUCUUCAACACCUUCAGCAAACUGCUGCCCCCCCAGAUCCGCAGCCACCCCGGUGUCCAAUCCCGCCUGGCCAUGGUGCGACCGAGCAUGGGCUCCUUCCUGGUGUUCGUGGGGCUGCGGGGCAGCGCAACCGAGCUGGGCCUGCCCCCCACCAACUUCUGGAUCUACCCCCACAAUGACCUGGACACUAUGAUGACCCACUACGCUGCCCUGAGCCGUGACGACGUCCCUGAAAACCUGGCCAUGAUGUUCAUCACCUUCCCCGCUGCCAAGGACCCCACCUACGAGCAGCGGCACCCAGGCCGGUCAUGCAUGACCAUCCUGACCAUGGCACGGUACGAGUGGUUUGAGGAGUGGACCGGGAGCCUCCCCAGGCACCGCAGCCCUGACUACCAGCAGUACAAGAUGUCCAUCGCCCAGCGGCUGCUGGAGAGGGCCCUGCUCCGCUUUCCACACCUGAGGGACAAGGUGGAGUUCGUGGAGGCGGCAUCACCGCUCACCAACCAGCACUACCUGGCGGCCCCGCACGGGGCGAUGUAUGGGGCCGAGCACGACCUGGGCCGCUUCUGCCCCACCGUGAUGGCCACCCUGAGAGCCGACACCCCUGUAAGGAACCUCUACCUGACAGGGCAGGACGUGUUCUCCUGCGGGCUGGCAGGGGCCGUGCACGGGGGGCUGCUCUGCGCCUCGACUGUCCUGGGCCGCCUGCUCUACCUGGACCUGCUGCUCCUCAAGAGGAAGAUCAAGCGGCGCCAGGGCCGGCACACGGCGUGAGGGGGACACCGACCAUGGGGACAUCGGGUGUGGGGACACCUGUCCUAGGGAAUGGCUUUGGGCUGGGAGUUUGCUCCCAUCUCAGUAAACUUUGAUGUCCCACUGGCC